GGAGGAGGAUCCUUCCUUUGGAAAGAAUCUGAAAAUUUUAAAUCUUGUUCCCACUCCUUAAAAAUAGAAUUAAAGUUUAAAAGGAGGCUCAUCAGAUCAUGAGUAAACACAUAUAUAUGAGAAGCAAAGCAGUGCACUCCGUCCAAAGAUCUGCUCCUCCUCCUCCUCUUCAGGUCCCCAAAGUUUUCAUCUCUUUUUUCUCUUUCUUUUUGUCUUGUUGUUGUGUUGACUCAGUCCAGGAUGAGUCAAAGAGAAAUCAACUAGAUUGUGUAACUGAAGAGAAGCCUAAGGAGAAGGAGAGCUUCUUCUUGUCUUGGUAUAAACACCAUUUGAAGAACUUUUUUCACGCUGUUAAGUUUCCCAAGGAGCGAAAGGGAACUUCUGUUGUGAAUCCUGAUGAUGGUGAAGAAGAAAAUGAAUAUGAUGCUGGCCUGGAGAAGAAGCCCAUGCAGAAUAAAGAGGAACCAACAAUAGUAGUACAAGCAGUUACUCUACCUGAAAUUUCAGAUCCCUCUUUACUGUUAAAAGAGCAGUCGAGACGUUCCCUUUAUACUUCACUUCCUGCUCUUGUUCAGGGCAGGAAAUGGGUAUUGCUCUACAGUACAUGGAGGCACGGUAUAUCACUGUCAACGCUAUACAGGAAAAGCCAACUCUGGCCUGGUCUCAGUUUACUGGUUGUCGGAGACAAAAAGGGUUCGGUAUUUGGUGGUCUUGUCGAGGCACCUUUGAUUCCAACUGAUUAUAAGUAUCAGGGAACCAACAAUACAUUUGUUUUCACUGAUAAGUCUGGACAACCCACAGUAUACCAUCCCACAGGUGCAAAUCGGUUUUACACGUUAUGCUCAAAGGACUUCCUAGCUCUCGGCGGUGGUGGACGGUUUGCUCUCUAUCUAGACAGUGAGCUGCUACACGGAUCAAGUGCUUGCUCAGAGACAUACGGGAACUCUUGUCUUGCAAACUCUCAGGACUUUGAUGUUAAGGAAGUGGAGUUAUGGGGAUUUGUGUAUGGCUCAAAGUAUGAUGAGGUUCUAUCUCUCAGCAGGAAAACCGAGACUAUUUGCAGGUGGUCAUGAUCCUCCUGGCGAAUAUUAUUAAAUGGAAGUAACAAGUGCAGUUUUCUUUAUCUUAUAAGUGGUUUAAUCACAUCCC